AUGGCGGACUACGACGACCGGGUUGGGCUCAUCGAGGACGAGCUGCCGGAGCAGCUCCCCGAGAACCUCCGCUCCGUCCGCGAGGGCCAUUUGACCCAUCGAGGUGCCACCGCCCUCUUUCGCACCCUGCGCACCUUGGGCCCUGCCGCCACCGCGCUGCUGCUCGGUCUCGUGCUGCUCGCCGCCGUCACCCUGGCGGCCUUUGGCGGGACAGCGCGCUGGAGCGCGAGCGCUCCGGUGCUUUUGACCGACGUGCUGGAUCCGGGCCCUCUCCAGUACUGGCACUGCUCGAAAGAGGAGAUGAAUGUGCCCAUGCAAAUCCUGGACCGCUCCAAGGCCAAGCGCGGCCCCUGGGACUUCGACUUCUUGGAGGUUGAAACAGGAAACUAUAAGCGUAUCGUCAGCUUGCCCUCGAUGGAACAUGAUGGAUUCCAUGGGGAGAAGCUGAACGCUUGUGCCAUGAACAACCUAGAUGAGUACAUCUACUGUGUCCUUCAGGUGCGCAAAGACAAGAAGUAUGAAUUAUACAUUGUGCGGGUUGGCAUCGUUGACUACGACACCAAAUUGGCCGGCAUCCACUUCGUCGCGCGCGUGCGACCGGGGAGCAUCUACUCCGCUGCGUUCGACAUGGAGGGGACCUUCUACUUUGGGCCCAAGAAGCUGCACGUGAUCAAAGAUCUUCACUUGGCCGAGGGCAAAUCCUUCCUCCUGCGCAGUGAAGCCAUGAACCUGAUGAAUGCACCUAGCUACAAGGUUCACAAAGACUGCCAGGGCGCCGAUUAUGCCUUUUGGGAGAAGGAGGUGGAUGGGAAGAAGUUGAAGAUUCUUUGGAUGCUCCGAGAUUUCAAGGUCACAGCCCUCGAUGUGACGACGCCGGGACAGGCGACCUGCAAGGUCUGGAAAAGCGACGGGAUUCCCAGCAACACCAGAGGACACUAUGGCGCCGGGUGGACGUUCAAGAAGCCCGAUGGCUCUGUGGCGGUCUACUUCUCCAACAACGCAGGUAGAGGCGUCUAUGGGAUUGAUCACAGCCGGCUGGAUUUGAACUCCGACACGAUUCACAUGUACAAAGUGGGCGAGUCAGAGGCAACCAGUAAGAACGAUGGUGCGAAUUGUAUGAGCAUGUCUUCAGUCUCGCCCUUUAAAGCAGAGCCACCGAAGUUCCUGGCGCCCAUCGAAGAAAAGCCAGCUGUGGAAGAGAAGACAGAACCAGAGCCAACUAAGGAAAAGACGCCUCCGCCAUCCAAGGAGAUUGCUGGAAAAGACGCCUGGGCAAGAUGUGCCGCAGAAGGCUGCAGAGAUUCCGACGCUCAGUGUGAAGGACAAGGACGAUUCGGUCGUGGAAGUCUCGUAUGA